AUGGCCCUGAACGCCAAGCAGCCCUUCACCAUGCCCGCCGCCCUGCAGGAGCCCAAGUUCUCCAGCCUGCACGCCAGCGCGGAGGCGAUGCGCAGAGUUUGCCUCCCGGCCCCGCAGCUCCAGGGCAAUAUAUUCGGGAGUUUUGAUGAGAGCCUGCUGGCCCGCGCGGAGGCUCUGGCCGCCGUCGACAUCGCCCCCCACGCCAAGGGUCACCCCCACCACCACCACCACCCCCCCUUCAAGCCGGACGCCGCGUUCUCCGCCAUGAGCGGCGUCCCUUGCGCCGCCGCCGCCCUCCCGCUGCCCGCCGCGCUCCCGCACCCGCUCCCGCACCCGGCACUGGACGGCGGCGACCUUCUGGAGCACCUCUCCUCGCCGCUGGCCGUCGGGGGGCUGCCCGAACCGCUGCCGCCGCCGCUGCCGCCCGCUGCCCCCCUUGCCCUGCCCGUGGGCGCCCCAGGGGGGCCGCCGCCGCCCGCUGCGCCCGAAGCGGGUUCGGACCCGCGGGAGCUGGAGGCCUUCGCGGAGCGGUUCAAGCAGCGGCGGGUGCGGCUGGGGGUGACCCAGGCCGACGUGGGGGCGGCGCUGGCGGCGCUGCAGCUGCCGGGGGUGGGCGCGCUCAGCCAGAGCACGAUCUGCCGCUUCGAGUCGCUGACGCUGUCGCACAACAACAUGGCAGCGCUGCGGCCCGUGCUCCAGGCCUGGCUGGACGGCGCCGAGGCCGCGCACCGCGACCGCGCCGCCGGCCCCGACCUGCUGCCGGGCGCCGAGCGCAAGCGCAAGCGGACCUCGAUCGCCGCGCCCGAGAAGCGCUCGCUGGAGGCGUUCUUCGCGCUGCAGCCGCGGCCCUCCGCGGAGAAGAUCGCGGCCAUCGCCGAGAAGCUGGACCUCAAGAAGAACGUGGUGCGCGUCUGGUUCUGCAACCAGCGACAGAAGCAGAAGCGCAUGAAGUACUCGGCGAUGCACUGA